UUAACAAAAACAAAGAAAAUAAAAAUGCAAGGAACCUGAUUGGGCGGUGAAUAGACGCGCCGCUCUAUGAGCCCGGUGCAGAAAUGGGAGGCGGGCUCGCGAGCCGGAGAAGCGGCAAUGGGGGCAGGCGCGGAAUCAGGGGGCUCGAGUCAAUUUUCAAGCCCCCAUUGCGGAUGCUCUAAGUUUUUUAAUAUAAAGUGUAAAAUGUUUAGUAUGAAUUAUCUUAAUGGACAAUUUUUAUUUAACCUAUUUCAAUUUGGAUACUUUUGAAGUUGGCUCUUUUAUAUUUGUAUCUAUACUUUCCUAGCUAUUAGUAUAUGAUUUUGAUUAGAAGAGUGUGUUUCGUCUAUAAAUACCCUGCAGCCGAGCUGAAAUAAUGCACCACAUCCUGACCAUGGAGAUCCCCGUUCCAUCUCUAGUGUUAUGCAUCUCAUUCAUGUUGUCCACUCUCAUACUCUUGAAAAUCAUAAGAAAAUUAUUGGAAACCAAAGAUUCAAAUGGAAAAUUCCCUCCGGGGCCAUGGAAGCUGCCCUUGAUCGGAAACAUACACAAUCUGGUGGGCGAUGUUCCUCAUCGCGCGCUUCACCAGCUUGCCCAGAAGUUGGGCCCCAUGAUGGGCCUUGAGCUUGGUGAAGUCUCUGUUGUCGUCAUUUCCUCUGCUGAUGCUGCCAAGCAGAUAAUGAAAACUCACGACAUCAACUUCGCGUCGCGGCCUCCCAUCAUAACAGCGGAGAUAAUCAGCUAUGGGUGCACCAGCAUCACCUUCAGCCCUCACGCCGAUUACUGGAGGCAGCUCCGCAAACUCUGCACCUUGGAGCUUCUCAGCAACAAACGUGUUCAGUCGUUCCGAUCGCUGCGAGAGGAAGUGUUUGCUGAUCUCAGCCGCUGGAUUGCGUCCAUGGAGGGGUCGUCCAUCAAUCUCACGGCGGAGCUCUACAACUCCACUUACGCUCUUAUUUCACGAGCCACACUUGGCGACCACACUAAGCAACAUGAGGCUUUGCUACCCAUUCUCAAAGAGGUGAUGGAAUUGUCCGGGGGAUUCGAUAUUGCAGAAUGGUUUCCUUCAAUCAAAGUGCUUCAGAGGGUGAGUAGGUUGAGGAGAAGAGUCAUGGCUUUACACAAAGAAGCAGACAAGAUACUUGAAGAUAUAGUCCGUCAGCACAGAGCUGUGAAGGUGGAGGGGCAUGAAGAUUUGUUGGAUGUUCUUCUCAGAGUUGAGGAACAAGGACUUGAACUUCCUCUUACAACCGAUAAUAUCAAGUCUGUUCUCGUGGAUAUGUUGGGUGCUGGAAGCGAGACAUCAGCGACAACCAUGGAUUGGGUGAUGGCUGAAAUGCUGAAAAAUCCAAGAGUCCUUGAAAAGGCACAAGAAGAGGUGAGGAAGGUAUUUGAUGAAGAGGGAUUCGUUGACGAAUCGCGCAUUCCUCAACUCAAGUAUAUGAAGGCAGUAGUGAAGGAGACACUGAGGAUGCAUCCGCCGCUGCCUCUUUUACUCCCAAGAAAAUGCGGCGAAACAUGUGAGGUGAAUGGAUAUGAGAUAAGGGCAGAGACCAAAAUCAUAGUGAAUGCAUGGGCUGUGAACAGAGACCCCAAAUGCUGGGAAGAUGCACACAGCUUUAAACCAGAGAGAUUUAUGGAUAAUAUGGUGGAUUACAGGGGAAAUCAUUUUGAAUAUAUCCCAUUUGGUGCGGGAAGGAGAAUGUGCCCUGGCAUGACGUUCGGAUUAGCCAAUGUUGAGCUGCCGCUGGCAAUGUUUCUGUAUCAUUUCGAUUGGAAAUUAGGUGGUGGGAUGAAACCUCAAGAGAUGGAUAUGGCUGACGGGACUGGCGUCACAUCUAGAAGGAUCAAAGAUCUGUGCGUUGUUCCACUUAUCAAAAGACCUUUGUCAACCAAAUAAUCAACAAGCUGACUUGCUCAAAUAUAUAGAAAUAAUUAGUGUUUCCAACAGCUGAAUAAAUGAUCAAGUAUCUGUGUGUUGAUCAUAUUUUGCUUUCUGUUGUUUGUGUUAUAGUUAUAGACUACUUCCCACGUUUAUUUUGAAACAUGUUAAAGUUACAAACUGAAACAAGUUAUAAUUGCACUUAAUUUCAAUCUCAAAUUUUGGAGUUUGGUGCAGACUGAAU